GACCAAAAUUAAUUGCUCAUGGGGGACUGCUUUCGAUUUUUCUGAAUUUAUUUUAUUUUUUUUCAACUUUCUUUUCUUCUCUCCCUUCCUUGUGUUUGCUUCGUCAACGACCAACCUUUGGAUGAGAAGACCAGUAACCACGAGUCUUCUUGGCAGGAACAUCAUCUCUUUUAUCUCUGUGUUUGCAACGACGGGAACUUCCCAUUUCUCAUUCACUCUCUUUGAUUUCUCUUGCAGUCGCUUCUGGUAUCUCAGCUGAGGAUUAAGAGAUAACAGAACCCUUGGCGAGCUUACGUUUUUGUGAUAGUAAUUUUCACUCGACGUAUAUCAAUAGCAGGAGUUUGAUUUAAGUGGAGGAACUGCUCCUUGAAAACAAACUGGUUAUGACUUGCUGCCCACUUUUCAGCAAGAAGAGAGAUUCAUCUGCUAACCGAACAGUAGGUAUCCAUGAAGAGGUUUCAGGCAUCCAGAACACUAAACUGUUUACCUACCGAGAGUUGCAAUUCGCUACUGACAAUUUUAAUGGAGCCAACAAAAUUGGAGAGGGAGGUUUUGGCUCUGUAUACAAGGGACAGCUCAGAGAUGGUACCAUGGCUGCUGUAAAGGUACUAUCAGCUGAUUCAAGGCAAGGGGUGCGCGAAUUCUUGACUGAAAUAGAUGUUAUUGCAGAUAUAGAGCAUAAAAAUCUGGUUAAAUUGCACGGUUGUUGUGUGGAAGGAAACCAUAGAAUUUUGGUCUAUGGCUAUCUUGAGAACAAUAGCCUUGCACGAACACUUCUUGGUGGACACGACAGCAGUAUACAAUUCAACUGGGAAACAAGAUAUAGAAUUUGCAUUGGUGUUGCAAAGGGGCUUGUGUUCCUUCAUGAGGAAGUCCAGCCACAUGUUGUUCAUAGAGAUAUAAAAGCAAGUAAUAUCCUCCUUGAUAAAAAUCUGGAUCCAAAAAUUUCAGAUUUUGGCCUUGCAAAACUUUUCCCUGACCACUUAACUCAUGUUAGUACACGGGUCGCUGGAACAGCAGGAUACCUGGCACCUGAAUACGCAAUUAGAGGUCAGUUGACAAGGAAAGCAGAUAUUUACAGUUUUGGUGUUCUUACAUUAGAGAUUGUUAGUGGGAGGGCCAACAUGAACAAGUAUUUACCUGUUGGAGAUCAAUCACUUCUUGAAAGGGCAUGGAAGCUGUAUGUAAAGGGGGAACUGUUGGAUCUGGUGGAUAAAUCAUUAUGUGGAGAUUAUAACGCUGAGGAAGCUCGCAGAUUCCUUAAGAUUGGUCUAAUGUGCACCCAAGAGGAAACAAAACGCCGUCCAUACAUGUCUGUUGUGGUCAAGAUGCUAAUGGGAGAGAUAGCUGUGGAGGACGACGAGAUAUCCAGACCUUGCUUGCUCCCUUGUUUAUUUGGCAAGAACAUAAGUGACACUAUGUCCGACGGUGCAGCCAAACAAUCAGAUUCAUCGUCAUCAUCGGGAAACAUAAUCACCUCAUAUGCUACCAUGACGUUCAAUUCUAUAUAUGAUCGAAGCAAUUAAAUCAUGUAAAAUGUAUUCUUUAUAGAUUUGUUUGGUUAUUGUUUCUACUGUUGUUUUGUUUUUUCUCAGUUUUCCUGAGGAAAGCUCGAUCGGAGCUAGCUUGGCUUUAUGGUUAUGGAGUAAAUACUCGAUUGAGUUAUUUUCAUCUUCUCUUGGAUUAUUCAUGCUGUAUAUUCUUUUUA